AGUCGGAUUUAGCCAAUCGAUCAUUGCAGCCCGAAGAGCAGCCGCGUACAUUCGGCGCGUCACGUCUUUUGCCGAUCGCAUUCCCAUUUGUGAUGCCUCUUUGGCCUCUCAAGCGGCCAAGCCCACGUCAGAGGCCGAGCUCCCGUCCAUGAUGUCUACGAACAUCGCGCGUGCACAUAUUCAGUGAGACUCCUGCGGCAGUCUGCCAGCCCGUCUUGCUGCAUCAGCAGCUCGAUACAAGUUGGCAAGGCUCUUUCAAUCUUGGCGUCUUUUUGUGGCCCGCUAGCCAUGUUGGACAAGGCGGCCAUCCGGGCGGCUCGCGACGCAAAUUUGGCAGCUUGCAGAAUGCCAAGGCUACGGUUGAUCCUGUUUGCGCUCUGCGCGACACUCUGGACUCUGUGGCAGGUCCCGGCCGUUCGUGAUCAGCUCAACACAACAGAACGUCUACAAUCCUUGCAAGCGUCAUAUCGGCGCUUAGCUGCUCGGUCGGACAUCCAUAUCGCACUCACGCUUGACUCGGACGAUGUCAUCGGAAGUCUUGCUCUCAUCAACUCGACUAUUCAAAGAGGUUCUUCGGACACACGUUCUCGACUGCAAUGGCAUAUCAUCUCUACAAGUCAAGAAUCUUCAGAAACGUUGCGGCGCUUGCUACGCACGCGUUUCAAUGGCAUCCGGUUACAAACGUACACUAUCUCGCCGAACAUGGUGCCUUUGCCGGCGCAGCUUCAGGCGGGUCAUCGCAACAACAGCGAUGUCGAGCCAAUCGUCGAUGCGCGGUACAUGUUCGGUCAGCUGUUUCCCGACUUUGAUCGCGUAAUCUAUCUUGAUCAGGACACCCUCGUCCUGAAGGACAUCGGACGGCUUUGGCGACAAGACAUGUCAGGCCGACCGUUGGCAGGAGCAGAGCUAUGCCGCGACGCUGCUCUGUUCAGAAAGCAAUCCGACAUGCGCGAGAAUCUGCUCGAUGGAUUCCACCGUGAUAGAUGCACUCUCAAUGAUGGGGUGCUGCUGUAUGACCUCACGCAGUGGCGAGAUGGCCGCUUUGCAAGUGAACUCUGCGGCUGGAUCAGCACUGAGACGAAUACUAAGCUUGACAGUCUCGGCUCGCACGCGCCUUUCAAUUCUGUGUUCUAUCGAAACUACGAGGUUCUCGACGAUUCGUACAACCUUAUGGAUCUUGCCGGCCUAAAGGACGACGAGGGACUGCCCAUCACGCGAAGCGCGCAGGACGUGGAGGAUGCAGUCGUGCUGCAUUGGAACGGCAUCUUCAAGCCAUGGAUGUGCACUAUUUAUUAUUCAGAGCUCUGGCAGCAGUUUGUGCCAGACUAUACCUCCUUCGUCGGUCUCGAUGUUACUUCGCAAGAGUCAUAUGCCCGCGUGUGCAC